UGCUCUAAAACAACAGCAUGAUUGUGAUUCCGCUGCUAUAACUGUUAUUCACAUUAUCUGGAGCUUUAAGACGGGAUCUGUCCAAGGAUGAGUUCACAUUUCAGAGACAGUCUGAAUCUGUGAAGAAAGAUUUGGGAUAUUGAGGGAAACUUUGACUAUUUAGGAGGUAAAGUUAAAAAAUGGGUGAUGAUAAUGAAGAUCUUAUGGAAUAUCAACCUUUGCUUAAAGACAUCCAUGAACCAAAACGACAAAUAAAGGUUCCAAGUAAGUGUCUUGUUUUUGCUGUGUGGGCUGCUUGCAUCGGUGGGACGUUUCAAUAUGGCUACAAUUUAUCUGUCAUAAAUGCACCAACCAAGGCCGUGCAAACCUUCAUUAAUCAGACAUGGAUGGAACGCUACAAUACAGAAAUAUCUUCACAGCUUCUCACUUUCCUCUGGUCGACCAUAGUGUCCAUUUUCCCUCUUGGUGGGCUUGUGGGAGCGUCUUUGGGCGGAACUCUGGCUAUUCGAUUUGGAAGGAAAGGGACACUACUGUUCAACAACACCUUUGCACUACUGGCUGCCUUAUUUAUGGGGUUGAGUUAUCCCACAAGCACUUUUGAACUGCUAAUCAUUGGCCGCUUUCUAGCAGGAGUGAAUGCAGGUAUAGGGAUCUGUGUGCAGGCUCUGUAUCUGGGUGAGAUGGCUCCCAGAGCUCUGCGUGGUGCCAUGGCGAUGGGAACUUCCAUUUUUAUCACCGGGGGGAUCCUGACCGGACAAGUUAUUGGCCUCAAAGAGUUGUUAGGUGGAGAGGAGUACUGGCCCAUCCUCCUGUCCACAACUUGUAUUCCGGCCAUCCUGCAGCUGCUGAUUCUGCCCUGGUUCCCCGAGAGCCCUCGCUACCUUCUUAUCGAUCGCGGAGAUGAAGUAGCCUGCCGAAAGGCUCUAAUGUGGCUUCACGGAGCAGAUAAUUACCACGGCGAACAAGAAGACAUGGAGAGAGAGAGGGUCAGCGCGGCCGGUAUUAAACCCAAGAAACCCUGGGAGCUUUUUACUGACGGCAGACUGCGAUGGCAACUACUGACUGUCAUUCUGCUGAACGGGUUCCAGCAGCUCAACGGCAUUAAUGCAAUUUAUUUCUAUGCAGACUAUGUGUUCACCCAGGCUGGCAUUCCAGCAGAUAAGAUACCGUACGCUGCAGUAGGAACCGGAGCUUGUGAGUGUAUCACGGCAUUGACCUGCGGUCUUCUGAUUGAGUCUCUGGGAAGGAGAGUUCUGAUUAUUGGUGGAUAUACUCUUAUGAGCCUGUGGUGUGUUUGUUUAACCAUAACGCUCACUUUCCAGGAGUCAAGCCCGUGGGUUCCUUACCUAAGUAUGGUCUGUGUCUUUAUGUUUAUCCUCAGUUUUGGCCUGGGACCAGGUGGUGUGACAAACAUUUUGACAACAGAGCUGUUUACACAAACGACUCGGCCCGCAGCCUACAUGAUUGGCGGCUCUGUCAACUGGACAUCUUUCUUCUUCAUUGGCAUGGUCUUCCCGUUCAUUGUGAAUGGCCUGCGGCAGUACUGUUUUCUUGUGUUUCUGGUCAUCUGUUGCUUGGUGGCCACAUACAUCUUCUUCGUGGUCCCUGAAACCAAGAACAAAACCUUCCUGGAGAUUCAAAGCGAGUUUCAGUCGCGAGAGAGAAAGAAACGUAUUCCUGCCAGUUCGACUGCAAAUGGACAUUAUGUCCACGCCGAUAUGAAUCCCACAUAGGCAUUUACAAAAUAUGUGCCAAAUAAGUGAGCAGCAGAUUUUUGAAAUAAUGUUAAUUAAGGUGCUAGUCUUCUAUGGUAGUGAGCUACCAUAACGUAUACUGUAUUCUUCACAAUUUCAUGUUAAUGUGACUGCAUUGUCAUUUAUACACUCACAAAAACUGACCAAACUCAUCAUGUGCCUUCAGAAUGAAAACAGCCCUUUAUAUCAUAGAAUCACAUGAUGGGUCUUUCUCACAUCAUGGCUUCAGAAAAAAAGUCAUAUUGCUUCAUUACAGCAAAAUACUUUGAAGAUGUACUAUAGAUAUUGUAGUAUGUGAUACAAACAUAAAGCUUGAAUAACAGUACAGUACUGCAUGUUUUUUUUUUUGUAAUUAUUUGGACUCUAAAUUCUGUAUAUAGGAUCCAUGUUUUGUUAAGCAACAAAAACGUAUGUUUAAUAAAAGCAAUGUGCAUUAA